AUGGAUAAGGGCAACACCGAGGCAAUCCGGAUCCACGCCGAGAAGGUGUCACAACAAGCCACCACGACGAUGCUUCCGCAUCUCGAACAACUAGUCAAGCUUGCAGACAUGUUCUUUCACCUCUCCGUCGAUGGCAAACCCGGUCUAACCAAGUUCACCGAGAACUUGACCAACGUGGUGGACAAGUGUCUUCGCCUGAAGAUUAAUCUCUGCCGCUCAAGCUUCUCGCACGCUUUCUACUGGCCAGCUCCACGACAGCCCAUCGAUCUGAAUACCAUGAAUUGUCCUUACCAGCAAAUCUGCUCCCAGCCUUCUGUCGUGGCUUACACUCUGCUACCCGGUAUUCUUAUCACCGAGCACUCUGAGGAGAGAAUCGCUAGGUCGGCCGAUGUGAUGGCGCGUGCGGCUGAUCUCGCAGUCAAUCUCGCGCCGCUUGGUUCGCCAAUGUCAACAAACUAA